AUGGCUUCCAAGCUCUUUUACGUCCCGCGGGUUGGCCGCCAGGUGCUACGCCAGGUUUCCGCCCAAAGCAGACCAUUUUCGGCCGGUCCGCAACGGUUCAGCGAAUCCCUUUCCGUGCACCGCAACAAUCCCACCAACAACCCGAGCAUUCCCUUCAAGUUCUCCGAGCAGAACCUCAAACUCGCCGAUGAGAUCCUCAAGCGCUACCCGCCACAAUACAAGAAGGCCGCUGUCAUGCCACUUCUGGAUCUGGGCCAGCGCCAGCACGGCUGGACCAGCAUCAGUGUCAUGAAUGAGGUUGCGCGCAUGCUUGAGAUGCCUCCUAUGCGUGUCUACGAGGUGGCCACCUUCUACACCAUGUACAACCGGGAACCGGUCGGCAAGUUCUUUGUGCAGCUGUGCACUACGACCCCCUGCCAACUCGGCGGCUGCGGCAGUGACGCCAUCGUCAAGGCCAUCACGGAACACCUGGGCAUCACCCCCGGCCACACGACUGAGGACGGCCUGUUCACCUUCAUUGAAGUCGAGUGCCUGGGUGCCUGUGUCAAUGCCCCUAUGGUCCAGAUUAACGACGACUACUACGAGGACCUGACCCCGGAGUCCAUCAAGACCCUCCUCACAGCCCUCAAGGAUUCCACGACCGCCACCGGUGCCAGCACCAAGAUCCCCGCACCGGGCCCAUUGACCGGGCGCGACACAUGUGAGAACAGUGCCGGCCUGACAAACCUGAAGAACCCCGAGUGGAACCCGGAGACCAUGAUGCGGAAGGAUGGUGCAUUGGACGCGAAGGCUCAGCAAUAG